AUGCCCGAGGGGGCCAGCGCAUCGCCCCUGGCAGCCUCUUUCUCGACCUCCUCUUCCGCUGCCCUGUCGCCGCUUCUCGCGGAUUCUGCGACGCUGGCGCUGCCAUUCACGCCAUACCCUGUGCAACAGGAGAUGAUCCGCAUGAUAACCGACGUUCUCCACUCCGCUAACCCGCACGUCGUGCCGGUGGCUGUCGCAGAGGUACCGACAGGGUGUGGUAAGACGAUGGCGUUGCUAUCCAGCGUUCUGCGGUACCAGCAGGAGCUAAAGCGCAAGAGCCCCAAAGAACUUGACGCGUAUCUACGUCAGCGGCGGCCGCUGUGGCACCAACGACGCCCGUCAGGGGAGAAGCGCAAGGUGCCCCCGAAAAGACGUGGGGGUCAGCGAGGUCCACAGCAGCGCGGUGCUGAACGCCUUGAGCCAGUCGCGGACGGCGACAUCGAUGCCGACGAGGGGCACACGGGCAACGAGUGCGCGGACGGCUGGUCUGUACCACCAUCGUUCUUCAAACAUUUUCGGGCCAACUCGCAGCGGAAAAUCCGUGCGGAGCUGGACGUGGUCGGCUCGCAAGAGCUGCGCCGUCGCUUCCUGCCGCCGCCCUGUACAGUUUACUACGUCACGCGCACCCACGCGCAGCUUCGGCAGGCGGUGCGUGAGUUGCGCCGGUUGCAUGGCGCGACGAGUGCUAUUCGCAUGAACAUCCUCGGCAGCCGGGAGCGCUACUGCAUCCACCCCAAGGUGAUGGCGUCCAAGGCGAACCACACGUUGCCUGUGCAGGGCAACAACCUAGGCGAGGUUUGUGACAAGCUCGUGUCGAUGGGGCUCUGCGAGAUGGUGGACAAGUACGACGAGCUCUCGUGUAGCGCCAUCGCGGGGCCGAUCGGACAUCAGCGUGGCCAGAUAUGGGACAUGGAAGAUCUCGUACUGGAGGGGACCUCGCGCCACAUGUGCCCCUACUACGCCGCCCGCGACUUGGCCUUCUAUGCUGAUGUGAACUUCUGCACCUACCCGUACCUGCUGGACCCGCUCAUUCGGCACGAGACGAGGAUGGAGGCAGCCCUGAAAAACAACGCAGUUGUCGUCUUCGACGAGGCGCACAACGUCGCGGCGGUGUGCCAGGACGCGCUUUCGCUGGAAUGUCCAAGAGACGUGCUGGCUCUCAUUCUGUCAGAGCUCGAGCCCCUCGUGUCGAACCAAGUGCCCCUGGCACGCCAACCAGUCAGUGCGACCUCUUCCACCGCGGACGUGGCGCAUGAUGGCUUUCCCACCAUGCAAUAUCCACGAGAGCUGCACCUCGGCGCCUUCACCUUGGUGGAGAUCUUCUCCUUUCUGUGCGCCCUCUUCCAGUCUCUCAGCAUCUUCUUCGACGUCGCGAUGGAGGCGGCGGACGAUCGUGAACGGCGAGGUGAAAAGCGCCAUCGCGGCAGCGAGAAAGGCGAGGGCGACGAACGCAACGGUGGAGACUGCGGGACCGCCUACAUGCAGGGCACUCAGCUCGAGCACCACCUGCGGCGCGAUAUGGAGGCCCACGCUGCGGCAUACCGGCAGCGCACGGCGGCGCGGCGGCAUUUUGCAGCGCCGUCCCCUGCGCUCGCGUCGCUAGAGCUCUUCCAGCGUGCCUACAGCGUCAUCAUGGCUCUCGGCGUCACAUUCAAUCCGUUUCUCUUCUCUGUUUUCGGCCUCUCAAUGCUGAAGCGAUGGCUCCUGCUGCUCCGCUUUCUGCUUCAGAGGCCGCAGUCCUUUGCGGUUGCGCUGCGGUCGGCGACGUCUUGGGAUGGACCUGGCCCGGGCGGCAGCGGCACGGAGCGGUCGCUUUUUGGCGCGUUCUCUGCUGCCGCAGCCAUUGCCGAAGCGCGUCCGGGGGCGGGUGGCGACAGUGGUGCGGUUCGUACCAAUGCGGCCGUUGCGCGGUGGACGAUUGACCUGCGGUGCCUCGACGGAAGCCUUGCCUUCUCGCACCUCCUAAAGACGGUGCAUCGUGUCGUGCUGGCCUCCGGCACGCUCUCCCCCUUCCCCCAGCUGGCUCGUGACUUGGGCGUGGAGGCCUUCCUGUGGCGCACGGUGGAGGGCCUGCACGUGGUGCCUCCAACUCAAUACAGCCUGACUGCGCUGACCGCUUUGCCUGUGUCGUCGUCAUCGUCACAUAAUGGGACGACGACGCAGCCGCCGCUUCUGCCACUGCGUUGCACGUACGCCUCUCUCUCGAAUCCAGUCUUCCUCAAGACGGUGGCGCGCGCCGUGGUUCAGCUAACGCAGACAUUGCGCGAGAGCAGCGGUGGCGGGGUGCUGCUCUUUGUGCCUAACUACGCCGUUCUAACGGCAUUGGCGAAGCUGACGCGCGAGGCACUGCUUGUGGCGCAGCGGGAGCAGCAGCAUCAAUCGUUGCACGCCGUAGCGCCGACUCAGCUGUUUGUGGAGCCGCGCAAGGCAGAGGCGCUGACGGGGGUUCUCUGCCAGUUCCAGAACUGCACGCAGGCGCCUCGCUGCGGCACUGCGCUCUUGUUCUCAGUGUACCGCGGCAAGGUGAGCGAAGGACUCGACUUCACGGACGACAUGGCGCGCCUGGUGCUCUGCCUCGGGGUGCCGCUGCAGCCGUUGAAGUCGUGGAAGGUCAUCGCGCAGCGCGCCUACAGCGGCUCGGAUUGGUAUACAACGGAUGCUGUGCGCGCCGUAAACCAAGCUUUGGGUCGUUGCCUGCGCCACGUGAAGGACUACGGGGCUGUAGUGCUGCUGGACGAGCGGUACGCGCAGCCGGAAUACCAGGAACGGCUGUCGAAGUGGUGCCGCGCAACAUUGCAGACAGAGUCGUCGUUGCCGCAACUCUGCGCGCAGCUGCGGACGUCGCUCACGCAAUGGCGUCGGGCGUUCAGUGCACCUGCCAUGAGCCCCUCCCCGUUGCUGACUCCCUCAGCGGCAGCGGAUCGUGCGGUGCGCCGGGACGACAUUGAAGGGGUGGCCCACCAGGAUGCGACGAGUUUAGCACGAACUCGACUGGGCACAGAGCAGCUUCCUUUUACACGGGUGCUGCGUGCGCCAUCAGCGGUGUGGCGGCCUCAUCGCACUGUGGGCCCCGCAUCGGACGCCACAGCGAGUGAUUCGCCACCUCAGAGGCGUGGUGCGGCUCGGCUGGCUCGUACGGCUCCCGGCGCUGUCGCUGGUGCUCGGCAAAGUGUCACAGCCAGCGCUGGCCUGCUUCACUCGCCUCUCGCCUGCACCGCUGUGAAGUUGCUGUACGAAACCGCCGCCGCCACUGGCGAUGUCUCGCGGCAGGCCUUGCAGGAUGCCAUUCAAUCUCUGGCGAAGAACUUCUUUGACAGCAGCGGCAGUGGGGAGGAGGAGGAUGCCUCUGAAUGA